AUGCCCGUCGAACACGACUUCGAGGACGAUGUCUUUUCGGCCUCAGACGACGAUGACUCUGAUGUGGAAGACUCAGUUAUGAAGGAACGCUCAGCCAAACACGCAGAGUACUGCGCCCGCGUUAAGAAGUCAACCACCAUUGCUGGGACGUACGUGAUCGACUGCCCCGAGAUCGAGAACGGGUGGGACGAUGUGAGUGACCUCCAGCUGUCCAUAGCCAGCACCCCUCUUGCCGGUUUCUACCAGGCCACCUUCAACUUCGGCAUCUAUGAGGGCGUGAUGAUGCUGAGCGCCGACCGCAAGGCGCUGAGUUAUUUCAGCGAGGAGAAGCUGAGGGAUCUCGAGACAGCCGACGAGGUUGCAAAGGCAGACCAGAAACAAAGCGUCAAUGGCCAUCAUGAACGGAAGGACAACGACGGCAUUUCCUUGGGGACGAAACGCAAGGCUGAUGAUGCUGAAGAUCGUCGUCCGUCGAAGGCGGCCAAAACCGAAUCCGCCCCUGAGAGCUCGGCAAGUGCUCCUCUGAGCCUCUACCUGUGCAUGCGCACCUGUGAGACUGGGACCGGCGAGAUCGACCCAGAUCCCAGUAUGGGCCGCAUCACCUUCAACGAUGCCCUCACUACUUUCACGGGCACGGCCGACAUUGGGUGUGUUGGGCGAAACGUCCCUCUCAGGGGUCGCAAAAUCUCCGACAAUGUUGAAAACCAAGCGCGGUGGGAGGACUACGGCCACGCCGCUGCUGAGGCAGCAUGCAACUCUCGCUGGCACUAG